AUGUUUGAAGUUUUAUUUGCUGUACGAAAAGAUAAAUUUAAAACAGAUCCAGCUAUACAACUUAGUCUUGAUUUAAUUGACAAAAAUGAACAACAUACACAUAUGAUUACAUUGGAUGAUCCAUGUGAAUGUGCAACAAUGCUUGAUGUAUUUCAAUACGAUGAACAAUGUGAAGAAAACGAAGCAAAAUAUAAAGAAAUUCGAAAAACAAGUCUUCAUGAAAAUAGUAAUAAUGAAGAUGAAUCAAGUUCUGCUUCAUCUAAUAAUGAUGAAGAAGAACAACAGUUUAACCAUUUACGUAAAGUUUUAAUUGAUUUAUCCAUUUCUGUCAGUCAAGAUAAAAUUAUUUUUCGUAUAACUCCGUCAUUUACUAAUGAAGGUACCAAAUCCGACACGAUUCACCAUUUGUAA